AUGGAUCGUCGGUGUUCUCAGUCGGUUCGGACGCUGAUUUUUGACGAUUCUGAUUCAGAUCUACCUAAAGGUGUUCAGAAGAAGGAGUUGUCUACAUCAGAAGUGCCGCCUUCUUUGAAUCAAAGCGCUGAAGAUGCGAGCAAGCGCACUAAUCUGGUGCGCAUGCGACGCUCGGCUCUCGGAAAAUCUGCACCGACUCUCUCCGUCCACGUGAAGGAACCAUGUUCUACCUCCCGUCGACCGUCACGACUGCCACCUCCUCCUCCUCAUCACAGACUUUCACUUGUGGUGGGUUCAGGUCGGUGCAGUUCACCUGGAACUGGUCCCCUGUCUCCCGCUGAAGGACCUCGCUGGCAUCCCCACCACGCUCACCCACUACAUCACGCCCUGCUAUCAUCUAGCGUCAAGAGAUCCAAAGAAAUUGAUGGUCGCCGGUGGUCGGUGGCAUCUCUACCAUCCUCCGGGUAUGGCACCACCCCGGGAAGCUCCAGCUUGUCGUCGCAAUGCUCGUCUCAGGAGCGCCUGCUGGCGGCCCAGCCACCGUGCGAGCCGCCGCGCGCACCCUGCCCGCAUUGUCAUCAAAAUCAGAACUCCCUCAACAGUUCGCAAGGCAGUGGUAUGAACUGGGCGUCGCUGUCGGAUAGCGGGGGCAGUGGACACACGGCGCGAGCUCCCUCGCCUCGAGCGGUGCCCAGGAGAGUCAGGAGCAGGAGUCUGAGUUCUCCCUCCAGAUCUCCAGGGGCCGGCGGGUCUGAAGGGUCUCGUGAUGACGCCGUGUCCGCUAUGUCCGCUCUGUUCGCAGCGAGGUUCCCAGCUGCUCAGAAAGCGAUGGAUGACAAAUUAAGGUCGCUGAUAGAUGAACUGGCGGAAUUAGAUAAGAAACCAGAUCGACCACCCAUCGAGAGAUUUGUUCAGAGACAGGUGUUGGAAAUGGCGCGCGACUGUCUCCACAAGUCGGAGUCGAAACAAGUGACCAGUUCAUACUUCUACGAUAUGGCUGAUAGCUUGGACAGACUGUUGGCUGAGACACGUGAGAAGUCUUCAGAGGCGGGUGCGCAGGUGGCGCCACUAGUGACUCGCCUCACACUAGCUAUGGCCAGACCGGCCAGGCUGCUGGAAUGUCUCGAGUUCGAUCCCGAGAGGUUCUACAGACUUCUGGAAGCUGCUGAAGGACACGCUAGACACCUGCAGGGUAUAACUACAGAUAUCCCCCAGUACAUAAUCCACAAGCUGGGUCUGUCCAAGGAUCCCCUGGCGGAGCUUCACGUACCCCCACCACCUCCACCACCACAGAACUCCUCGCCCUCCAAAGUGAGAGGUCGCCAGUCACCCCCUGGAGGUCAGGGCGGGUCACCUCCCUCAGAAAACGACUAUCAAGUCAUCAAGCUGAUCUCCAACGGGGCGUAUGGUGCAGUAUAUCUCGUGAAACACAAACAGACUAGACAAAGAUACGCGAUGAAGAAGAUCAGUAAGAAUAAUUUGAUACUAAGGAAUCAGGUGGAGCAAGCUUUCGCUGAACGAGACAUUCUGAGCUUUGCUGACAAUCCAUUUGUGGUGACCAUGUACUGUUCGUUCGAGACGAAGCGCCAUCUGUGUCUGAUCCUUGAGUUCGUGGAGGGCGGGGACUGCGCCACCCUGCUCCGGGCGGGUGCUUUGCCCCCCGACAUGGCCCGACACUACUUCGCCGAGGCUGUGCUAGCUGUGGAGUAUUUACACUCGUACGGGAUCGUGCAUAGAGACCUCAAACCUGAUAAUCUACUCAUCACCGCGACGGGACACAUUAAGCUCACUGAUUUCGGACUCAGCAAAAUGGGGCUCAUGUCAUUGGCCACCAACCUGUACGAGGAGUAUGCUGACCGUGAGGCGAGGCAGUUCUCGGACAAGCAGGUGUGCGGCACGCCCGAGUACAUCGCGCCAGAGGUCAUACUGCGACAGGGUUACGGCAAGCCAGUGGAUUGGUGGUCAAUGGGCAUCAUUCUGUACGAGUUCAUAGUGGGAUGUGUGCCGUUCUUCGGAGACACUCCUGAAGAACUCUUCGCUCACACAGUCAACGAUGACAUCGAGUGGCCUUCGGAAGAUGAUUUCCCUAUAGCAGUAGAGGCGCGCGCCAUCAUCACCGAGCUACUGGCUAGGAACCCGCGAGACAGACUCGGCACGGCCGGGACGCAGCAAGUUAAGGAGCACAUUUACUUCUACGGUCUGGACUGGAACAACCUGCUGAGGCGGAAAGCGGAGUUCAUACCGCAACUGGAGAACGAUGAGGACACUAGCUACUUCGACAGCCGGUGCGACCGUUACAACCACAGCGAGGUGGAGACAGAUGAAGCUGCGGAGACAGGCGAGGCGGGCGAAACGCAUGAGGACGAGGCCGGACUGUUCGCUGCCUUCUCCUCCACCUCGCCCCAGUGGAGACGGCACUACUCACACUCACACUCUCACUCACACACUCAUUCUCACUCACACUCACAGUCCGCGAUGUCACACGACUCUAGGAGCACGGACAGCUGGCCGGGCACCCCGGACAGCGCGGGCCCGCCUACCACGCCCACAGCGCCCACGGCGCCCAUGCCGCCCACCGCCAUACACCAUCCCAAAUGCCCUAUGGUGUGUAGCGGCGCGGGCGGGUCCACAGCGGAGUCCUCUCAGACGGACUCUGACGACGUGUCCCCGGCGGCCCGGAGGCGCGCGGCGCUCCGCCCCCUGCACGCGCACCCUCUACACGCGACGCACAUGCUCGUCGCGAGGAUACCGGAUCUGCCGAAGAAGGAAGACAAAGGUGUGGACAAACCUGACAGACCAGACAAGAGUAAGCCGAUAGCACUCGCCAAGUCUAUGAGACGGUCGGCCAGCACGUCGGGGCUGUCACUGGUCAUACAUCCGGCAGAGGACACCCUAUCAGUGGUGGCGGGCGGCGCGGGCUCCCCGUGCGCCGGGAACACCUCCUCCACCAACUCGUCGCGGGACUCGUCGCCCUGCAGGGACCCGCCCUCGCCCUUCGCCCUCGCCAACCACUCUCUGAUCCAGUCAUCUAAACCUCCCAUCGUGGUUCGUCGUGGUCCGCGAGGCUUCGGCUUCACCAUACACACGGUGCGGGUCUACUACGGAGAUACUGACUACUACACCAUGCAUCACUUAGUAUCCGCGGUCAGCGAGCAGGGUGCCGCCUGGGCCGCGGGGCUCCGGGCCGGCGAUCUCAUCACACAACUGAAUGGAGAGUCUGUACAAGGGUUAUUACACACACAGGUGUUAAGACUGUUGUUGGCCGCCCCGCACGCUACUCUACGAGCGACGCCGCUCGAACAGACUACGAUACAGGCGGGCGGAAGGAAGCGCGCGGGCGGGCGGAGGGCAUCUGCUCCUCCUCGUCCCCGCCCAAGAAGACGCUGUUCUUUGUUCAGACGGAUAUCAACCAAGCGAGCCAGUCAGGAGAUGCACCAGAUGGUAUCCGGCGCGUCAAGUGAGCUACCGUCCCCGGCCGCCUCGCCAGCCACCGACUCGCCUCUACAUACCACUCACCCCACCACACACUACCAACGGCCGUCUUCUCUCCACGGUCUUAAACAUAAGCUAAGCGGGGGCGAAGUCCGACGCGCCUCUCUCCAACACAUGCCUCUGUCCCCGCUGGCAAGGACACCUUCGCCUUCGCCGCAACCCGCCCCGGCCUCCCCUACCAGCCGAGGCUGUGAGGCCCGCAGUCCGUCCCCGCUCGCCGCGCGGGAGUGUCGCCGAGCGUGGCCGCGGAGGGACCCCGCCUCGCCGCUCCUGCGACGGGCGCUGUCACCGGACAGACUGCACCCUCGCUCCGCGGAGUCCAAGUGUUCUAUCUCACCCCUCUGUUGUGGAGGGGGCGCGGCUGGGACGGUGUCAACUCGCCGCGGGGGUUCGUGGCGCCCCCCGGCCCCCGCCCCGCCGACCCCGCCCCCACCUGAUAAGGCCGAUGAACCCACUCUACCCAGGAUCGCGGAGGAGAAAGACAGUCCUACACACCACGCAGCCAGGCUGCCUACACGCACCCCAGCCAAGCAGAGCACUCCAAGUAUCUUCACGUCAUCACCUAAGGCGAGUGUGACCCGUGACGCGAGCGCCUCCUUCGCUUCUCUGUCACUAUCAGACGAGUCAUACGUGGACCUGGAUGUGUCAAACAUUGAUACGAGCAACGCAAGGACAGAUGACAGUCGCUCGAGCACGGAAAGCGCGCUAACAGACACAAACAAGAAAAUACUACCCUUACAAGAGACGACACCUAGCGUUGUGGAGACGCAACACAAAACAAGGAAGAAGUCCGAUUCUAGCCUCAAGGAUGAAGACUUUAAAACCAAGGACAAGUCGAAAGCGAGGCAAGAGAAGCAAGAGAAAGAAUUUAAGAAGCAAGACUCAGUCAAGAAAAUAGAGAAGGCUGAGGUAAAAGUGGAGGAAAAACGACAAGACGUCAAGGAAGAUAAGAAAGAAAAGGCCAUGGAGAGGAGCGGGUCCGUGAGGAAGCAAGACAAGCAAGAAACGAAGGAGGCUAAGAAGCAAGAGAAGCAAGAUAGGGCGGAGAAGAAGCAAGAGAAGAUGGAAGCGAAGAGGUCCGAGUCCAUGAAGAAGAUUGAACUGAAGAAACAAGAAUCUUUCGAAGUUAAGUCCCCGGAAGCGGAAAGCGAAGGUCGCAAGAGUAUGGUCAGUAAACUGUUGGGAGUGAUGGGCAGGAAGAGAGACGAGGAGACUACCAGGAAGGAGAAAAGAGAUAAGAAGAAGAAUACAGCUAACCAACAGCCAACAACAUCAACACAGAAGAUUGAUACAGACAAAAACGAGAAACAGGAGGACGAUAAGAAAACGAAGAAGGGGAGAGGAAGAGCCUCAAGCUCCUCGUCCGGGGAGAAGUAA